AUGGAAGAAGAUAACCACGAAAAACAACUUGAUGAUGGCGAAUCCUCUCUCUUUAAGACUUGCUUCAAUGCACUCAAUGCUCUUUCAGGAAUUGGAAUAUUAUCAGUACCAUAUUCACUAGCUCGUGGAGGAUGGUUGAGUCUGUCACUUCUCCUACUCCUAGCCGCAACUGCCUUCUACACAUCCUUACUCAUGACAAAAUGCAUGAACGCUGACCGCACCAUCAAAACCUAUCCUGACAUUGGAGAACGCGCGUUUGGUAGACCUGGAAGAAUCAUUGUAUCAGUCUUCAUGCACCUAGAACUCUACCUAGUCACCACAGGUUUCUUGAUCCUUGAGGGUGACAAUCUUCACAAUCUUUUCCCCGGGUUUAACAUCAAACUGAUGGGGUUGAGAUUGAACGGGAAACAAUCGUUCAUGGCGUCAGUGGCACUUGUCAUCAUGCCAACUCUGUGGUGGGAUAGUUUAAGUGUCUUGUCUUAUGUUUCUAUGAGUGGGGUUUUAGCUACGGCCGUUACUCUUGGAUCAAUAUCUUGGGUGGGAGCGUUUGAUGGAAUUGGGUUUAAUCAAAGUGGGAAGCUGAUAAAUUGGAGUGGGAUCCCUACUGCUUUGAGCUUGUAUGCUUUUUGCUAUGGUGCGCAUCCAGUGUUGCCCACUUUGUAUUCUUCUAUGAAAAGCAAACAUCAGUUCAACAAUGUCCUACUUAUAUCUUUUAUAUUAUGCACCAUAGGUUACACAUCAAUGGCUGUUUUGGGCUACUUAAUGUAUGGAUCUAACACUUUAUCACAAAUAACAUUGAAUCUACCGAUUCAUAAGACGAGUUCAAAGGUGGCUAUAUACACAACCCUUGUGAACCCCAUAGCCAAAUAUGCGUUGAUGAUCACACCAACGGUGAACACCAUAAAAGAUUGGUUUCCUAAGAAGUACGCAAAGAAAUCAUACUUGCAUCUUUUGAUAAGUACAUUGUUCAUAACAAGUAGUGUGUUUAUCGCCGAGACACUUCCUUUCUUUGGCUAUAUGAUGUCUCUGGUUGGUGCAUUACUGAGCGUGACGGUUUCUAUUCUUCUCCCUUGCCUAUGUUACUUGAAGAUCUCUGGGAAUUUCAAGAAACUUGGGUUUGAGACUGUAAUGUUGUUUGGUAUGGUGGCCAUGAGUGUUCCCAUUGGUGUUUUGGGAACUUACAUUGCAAUUCGAGAAAUGGUUGGUAGUGUUUGAAAGUUUAUAUUGAUUAUAGAGCAAAUAAAGGAACGAAUUCGGUUAAAUAAAGUUUAUAAAGAUGUUGCAACAAUUUAUAUAUUUAUGUUUCUACAUCAUGUAACAUAGUGACAUACUUUAUACUUUGUAUGUGCAUUAAUAUCUCCA